AUGGCUACACAAGCACGAGAUAUUGCCAACAGGUCGUUAAUGACAAAUUCUAAUGUUCUGAGCGUGUCUACUUCCCCAACGGCCGCUUUCCACAGUCCCCUGUCGAGUCUGGGUGCCUCGCAGCUCGGUCGGGUUGUAACGCAGCCAAAACAACUGAAACCAUUUGAUACGCAAGAUAUCAAGAUCCUGCUCUUAGAAAAUGUCAAUCAAAGCGGCAAAGACAUCCUCAAGGGGCAAGGCUACCAGGUCGAAGCUCUAAAGUCAUCACUGCCAGAAGAUGAAUUAAUUGAAAAGAUCCGCGAUGUCCACGUUAUCGGGAUCAGAUCCAAGACCAGGCUCACUGAGAGAGUCCUCCGUGAGGCCAAACAUUUAAUUGUGGUGGGAUGUUUCUGUAUUGGUACGAACCAGGUCGAUCUCGAGUAUGCUGCGAAGGAGGGUAUCGCCGUCUUCAACAGCCCUUUCGCAAACUCCAGGAGUGUCGCAGAACUAGUCAUCGGCGAAAUAAUUGUGCUUGCUCGUCAGCUUGGAGACCGCUCCAAUGAGUUGCACAGCGGGACUUGGAACAAAGUCAGCGCGAAAUGUUGGGAGAUUCGUGGCAAAACUCUUGGUAUAAUUGGAUAUGGCCAUAUUGGAUCGCAGUUGUCUGUUCUUGCCGAGGCAAUGGGUAUGACCGUCAUAUAUUACGAUGUUGUGAAUCACAUGGCACUAGGAAGUGCAAAGCAGGUUCCUACUCUGGAAGCGCUACUCAACGGCUCCGAUUUCGUCACACUGCAUGUUCCAGAGCUGCCUGAGACGAAGAACAUGAUUGGGGCCCCCCAAUUUGAGCAGAUGAAGACCGGAAGCUACCUGAUCAACGCCAGCCGUGGCACUGUCGUAGAUAUUCCUGCCCUCAUCAAUGCCUCCCGCAAUGGCAAGAUUGCCGGUGCAGCACUAGAUGUUUAUCCCAACGAGCCAGGUGGAAACGGAGACUAUUUCACCAGCAACCUGAAUGCCUGGGCGGAAGAUCUCCGCAGCCUCAAAAAUAUAAUUCUUUCGCCGCACAUUGGAGGUAGCACAGAAGAGGCGCAGCGUUCAAUUGGUGUAGAAGUCGGCAACGCCUUGGUCAGAUAUGUCAACUCUGGUGUGACACUUGGAGCUGUAAAUCUUCCAGAAGUCAGCCUUCGCUCUUUAACCCUGGAUGAACCAAACCAUGCAAGAGUCAUCUAUAUCCAUCACAAUGUUCCCGGUGUCUUGAAACAAGUUAACAAGGUCCUUAGCGACCACAAUGUUGACAAGCAAACAACUGAUAGCAAGGGAGAUGUUGCGUACCUUAUGGCUGACAUCAGUGAUGUUCAACCGGGCGAGAUAAAGGACAUCGCCGAUCGAUUGGAAGUAUUGCCCUCUCGUAUUUUGACACGUUUCCUCUAUUGA